CUUACAGCCGCAGAUCGUUAACUUAUAUCCACCAGUGAAAUUUCCAGUUAGUCGAGGAAUUCCUAUGAUCUCUCCAUCUAUCAGAUGGGAUCAUUCUGAAGAUUGGUUUGUGGCAACUUAUCAAUCGCAGAGGUAUAUACAAUCCAAUGAAAGACACAUCGAAAUCAAUCUAAGCAAUGAGAGCUACGAUUAUAUGAUUAUCAUAUCAUGUAAUCGAUGGAAGAAAUUUACUACCAGCGACAGGAUAUCUUGCGCUUGUUUGGGAAACUAUCAACAUGAUAGAAGGAAAAACAUAUACAACUAUGCCGAUAAUAUUUCGAGAUAUAAGCUUUAUUCGUGCUACUCAUUUAUCGAAUAACAUUGUAAAAUUGACAAUUACAAUACAAAAAGAAAGCGGAAAAUUUGAAAUUAUUGAAGGAGAUAGCGUUGUAGUAACAGGUAUAGUACAUACUAUAUCGAAUCCAGAACAAGAAAUGAUUCCAAACAACCUAUUGCCGGAGAAUGAUAAUGAGGAAGAACAUAUGACUGCUCGAGACAUUUACAAAGAAUUAAAAUUACGUGGUUAUCAGUAUAAUGGCUGGUUCCGUGGAUUAAAAAGCGCAUCUCUUUCAUGCAACAAAGGACAUAUUGCUUGGACAAAUAAUUGGGUAACAUUUAUGGUUGCUAUGCUACAACUGCAUAUUCUUGGAUACGAUACUACCCAGUGAGGAAUGAAUUAUCAAAAAGUUAUCGAUUUGAUGUCAAAUUGACUAAAUCAAUCUGCAAUCGAUUUUUACAUCAAUUCGAUCAACUGGUGGGCACAAUUUCGAUCUUUUAUUGAUAUCCAUAUUUCGUUAAUAAUGAUGUAUUUUUGA